UCAGGAGAAAUUUAAAGGUUACACGCAGUAGCUUUGAAGGUUAUAUCUUUAGAAUGUUUUGAAAUGGCUAGAUUUAUAGCUCAAAUAAUUAUAACGGGCACCCAAGUCGUCGCCCGAGCGUUCGCCAGGGCCGUUAGGCAAGAAAUGCAGGCGUCCCAAGAGGCGGCUCAAAGAUUAGGCAACCAGAAGAGCAGAGCGGAACGGUUCGACAACCUAAAGUUGGGCCUAACGCUUGAGGAAGCCAAACAAAUUUUAAACGUUAAAGACAUAAAUAGUGCCGAUAUCAAAACACAGUACGAGUUUUUGUUUAAACAGAACGAACGAGAGAAAGGUGGAACGUUUUACAUUCAAUCGAAGAUUGUGCGUGCCAAAGAAAGACUUGAACACGAAUUAACUAAUGUCGAAGCAAAGCCGAAAACAGACUCUAGCAAAAACGAUACUUAGAUCAUGUUUGUAAUUAUAAAAUAGUUAAAAUAUAAAGACUACAUUAUA